CACGUGUGUUUUCCCCAUCCAUCAUCAAUCAAAUCCUACUCUCUUCCCUCUCUUUUUUCAUUUUCUUUUCAUUUCAUUUUCGAUUUUUCAUUUCUGUUUUCUAACUUCAUUUGAAUACAAGUAACCUCCCUUCAUAAGAUUAACCACCCAUUAUUGAUCACGUUUUUCCCUCUUCUUUUUUGUUCAUCCACGAAUUUUCAACUUCCUCUUAACCCACGAUUUAUCAACUGUUUUUCCCUCUCUGUUUCAGUUUUUUUCAAUUUUAUUUAUAAGAUGGCAAUCACUCGUUCAUCAUCAUCCCCUUCUCCAGUUCUCAAACAAAAAUCAAAAAUGGGCAAGAAAUCUUUGGCCAACAAAUCCAAGGGUAAACGCCCGAUCAUUGAAGAUUAUGAUUCUGAUUUCGAAGCUCCAAUGCCCAAGCGUGGGAGACCCCAUUCUUCGAAGAAAACGAAGCUCAACUUGGAGGAGCACACGGUUCCAGAAAUUUCUGGGAAAAAAACUCUUGCAUCUGCUGAAGAUCGAACUCAGGUUGGUUUUCAGUUUCAUUAUCGUUUCCCCCUUUUCCUUCAUUUACACUUUUCCCAGAUUUUGGCGUUUUUAUGUUCAUUCUGCUUUGUGUAAUUUUAGGGUUUCAUUUGCACAUUUCGUUUCAUGUUUUUAAAUUUUUUAGUUAUUUAUUGUUGGUUUUGAACAUUUCAUUUGGUUCUUCUCUGGGUGUUGUUCUUUAAUUUGGUUUUGUUUUCUUUAUUUUCAGUGUUUUUUUGUGCUUACGGGUUAUGUGUUUUGUUUUCGUUUUUAGUGUUUUCAAUCAGUCGUUUGUAGUUUCUUAUAAGUUUUUUAAUAGUUUGAUAAUGGUAUGUUUUGAUGUGUUUUCGAUUUUCAUUAGGUUUAGUUGUUUGCUGUUAUAUUUUAGGUUUCAAAACGAUUUUCAAAUCUUUGCUCUAUAUUUUUCUAUAGUUGUAUCUGUUUUGUAGUUUGUUUAUUGUUUUUAUAUAGUUUUAUUGUUCUUUUCAUACUGUAUUUUUGGAUUUCCUUUAGGGUUAGUUGUUUACUGUUUUUUUUAUGUUUCAAAACGAUUCCAGGUCUUUACUGUUUUUUUCUGUGUAGUUGUACGUUAUUGAUAGUUUGUUUGUAGUUUGUUUAUAGUUGUAUUAUAGUUUUCAUACUGUUUUAUUCAGGAUUUAUAAUUUAUUGUGGCCAUUUUCGUUAUGUUGCAGGUUUGGGACUACAAAUUUAGUCCUUCUGAUUUUUACAGAUCUAAGUGUGUGUGCACCAGUGUUUAUUCCGUGAUAGAUAAUAUUAAGAACACUUUAUCUGUUAAUUUGCUUUCUUUGUUUCGUCAAACUCAGUUUGGGCAUUUUCUGGAUAUGCCUGAGUUUGUUUUUCAUCCGCAAGUCGUACAUAGUUUAUUACUAAGGGAAGUUUUCCAGCCCAAUCCUAAAGAGUUUUGGGCUAAGGUUGCUGGCCGUUGCAUACGGUUUAGUGCCGAAGAAUUUUACCUGAUUUCUGGAUUAGAUUGUUUCGGUGAUUGCAACAAGUUGUUGUUUUCACAGGAAACAAAUAAAUUGGUAGAAACAUAUUUCCGUGGUGUAAAAACUAUUGACCCAAAGCCAUCGAGGAUGCUUUUUUGGGUAGUCGGUGGGGUUUGGAUGAGUCUAUUGGUUUGAAAAUGGUUGUUUUGUAUUUCAUUCAGUGUUUUCUUCUUAGCAAUAAUCCUAACAAAGAAGUGUCUAGGUUUGAUCUAGAUGUAGUGGAUAGCGGUCGGUGGGACGAGUAUUGUUGGGGUAGGGAAUCAUUUGAAUUGACAAUUGACUCAUUCAAAGGUAGGAUCCAGCAUGGGAUCAUUAUGAAAAAUAGGAAGGCAGAGAAGGGAGGCCAAUAUGAUGGCUGGUAUAGGGCAUUGGGAUGUCCUUGGGUUUUCACGGUUUGGUUUUAUGAAUGCUGUCCUGCAAUGGUGAACUCUUUCUGUAAGAGAGUUUCAUCUUCUAUUCCAAGGAUUCUGAACUGGAGCAACACCAUCGUCACCAAAAAUCCAACUCUUCGAGACUUGAAGGGCAAGAUUUUUGAUUUACCUUUGGACAAGUUGAAGAUAAAAAACAUGCGUCCUACUGAUGAAGAGAGGCAGCAGCUUCAACUUGACGGUUUAUUUCUCGAUGAAUCUAUUGAUGACCGUGGUGUAGCGAAGCAAUCCUUUGAGGGUGGGUCAUCUUCAAAGAAGUCUGAUUCAGCAGAUAUUGAUUGGAUGAAAUCUAAGUUGGAGAUGGUCAUUUCGAAUCAAUCAUCAUUGGCCGAGGACUUCAUUUCAUUGAGGUGUUUUGUUGAUUUUAAUUUCAAGUCCGUAAUGACUGUAAUUAAGGAUAUCCAGGAGAAGGUUAAUGCCAUUCAUCGCCGUCCUUCUGAUGAGGUAUUUAUUCAUAUUUUAUUGUUUAGGUUUUUCCAUAUUUUUUUUAAAAGUUUCUUUACUGUUUUAUUUAAGUUUCAUUUAUGUUGGUUGAUACAGGGAAAGUCAUCGGAUGAAUUAGUAACUCAAGAUUCUGAUGAUGAUGCUGAUGAUAAUGAUGAUGAUGAUGAUGCCGAGGAUGAUGAGAAGCAAUUGCCUGAUCCAGAAAAUAUUGAUUCCGACUCCGACGAUGGUGGUGAGUUGGUUAAAGUUGGUGGGGAUGCUGAUGAUGCUGACAAGGUUGUUACUGCUGUUCCCGUUGCUGAUGUGAAUCCAUCUGAGGCUGUUGGAGGGAGUGAUAAAAAUGUUAAGGAUGUUGAGAAGCCGAAGGGCGAUGAGUCUCGAUUGAAGGGGGACGAUUUCUUUGAUGGGUUGAGCCAGUUUGAAAUAGAUGAUGAUCAAGUUGUGUUGGCUGGCUUGGAGGCUGUUGGUAAAAUCCAUGUAAGUUUAUUUUUAAUUGUUUUCAAGAAAACUAGGUUUUUUUUUGGUUGCUCAAUAGUUUCUAGUCUGUUUUGCAACUGUUUUAAUGCAUUCUUUCUUUUUUAGGUCCCCGCACCCAAUCCAGAUGUUGUUGGUCAAAAGUCAGAUGCCCUUCAUACUGAUGAAGAAACUGAGGACACUGUCUCUGAUACACCUCUGUUGGAUAAGAGGAAGCGUGCUCCGGCCUUGAAAUCUCCAUUUGUUAAUUUCGGGUCUGCUGAUGUCGGGAGCACUCCAAUGGAGCUUAUGUCCUCAGGUUCUCAAUCAGCUGGGGAUGAUAGGGAUUUCAAAAUGGUGACUUAUGUGAAGGGCCUUUAUGCUCUUAAUGAUACGUUUGCUGAUCCCG